UACUCAAGUAUCGUAACAAAGUGCAAGUGCAAGUAUUUUUCCACUGGUGGUGGUGUUCAGUAUUAGAAUGUAAAAUGUGAUGAAUUAGUAACACAUGAAUUAGCACUUGUUCGGAAUGAGACGUUAAUUAGAGCGUUUCGCUGGAUUCUUGGGCUGCAGUGAGCCCAUAAAGCUGACGUUAGAUCAGACAUGCCUGAAGUUAGAAAAAGAGUAAUAAAUCCCAGAGAUGGCGGUCACUUCUCAGAGCUCGGACUGGAACGUUGUCCCAUCCUGCUUGGCAGCUCUCCAUGUUCAGAGGAGUCUGGGAAUGAAUGGCAACCAGGCUCUUUCUUUCUCUGAAGCCGGACUGGAAUGUGAGGCCUUUUUCCCCUCUUCAGACACCAUUAUCAUCAGUGAAAUAUUCCCUCUGCUGGGCCUAUUGUGCCCUCGCAGGGAGGACGUCACAGGCGCGCAAGUCCGGCCUCUCAGCGGGGUUUAAGCAGCGCGAGGCCCACUGCGACGAGUCUGUAGCGCGAGAACGCUCCUCCAUGUACUUAUAAAGCAGUUUAAAAUGGAAUAUCGGAUCAUUUCUUCUUUCUUAUUUGAACUGAAGGCUUUCAGAACAUUUCAAGUGAUAAUGUCAGAGUCCCUUUAUUACUGUGAAGAUGCUGAGAAAAGGAAAAUGGAUUCUGAAUUAAGGACAUCGAAGAUAUGAUUUAAGAAGUAUUUAAAAAAAAAAAAAAGUUGACUACUUAUAAUUCAGAUGGAUUCCUACAAUAUCCACUUUGAGAAGAUGAACAACUUUGACCUGCACCAUCUUAGUCGACAUUCUCCAUCCAAGUCCACUAGUAGUAUAGAUCAAUACACACACCAUCACGGCAAAGGAGAUUCUGCUUAUAGCUCUUUCUCUGGAGGAUCCACUGCCCCUGAUUACCCUUCACCCUUCCUAGUGGAUGAUUUACACCCACAUAACCUGCACUAUGCUGAUAUGAAGUAUGUGAAGGCCGUGUACGGUCCCAGCAUCCUCAACUCCAAUUCGAAAAGCAUGACUCGUCUGUAUGGUUCCAUGGAGGCCAUUGCACACCAACAUCAUCAGAGCCAUAAUGGAUAUUCUCAUGUCAAAGAUCCUGCAGUGCCUAUCACCCAUUUACCACCUCCGCCUCCACCACCACCUCCAACUCCACCACCUCCACCACCUCCAACUCCACCACCACCUCCACCGCCUGUCCAUUUAGACGGUUUCAUAACAGCUAGGAAUCCUGAAACCUUGACGUUGAGCCAGAGUCCUGAGGGUCAGCUUUCUGGUGUUUCUCCAUUUAGGCACCAGAAGUCUGAUUCUGAAAUCCUGAGUUCCAAGCCUGACCUUCUUUAUGAUCUCUGGGCUGCUCAGAAUUAUAAAAGAAAGCAAGACCUUGUGGAAAAGACCCCAGAGUCGAAGUCAGAAGCCGUCUUUAAUCGAUUGCCGCUACACACAGGGCAGGCAGGGUAUUUACAACAGAACAUGGAGAGGCAGUCAAAAAUUCAACACAACAAGUCACAUUCAACGUGCGGUGUUACAGUCUCUGAGCAACAACACACAGUCAACUCCUGGCACAUGGCACAAAACACAAUCACUGGAAGUGUUCAGCACAAAGGACAGUUCUAUUUUGUCGCAGGUGUGUACAAAUCAUGUGAGUCCAGUGUUCCACCACCACCACAAGGUCCGAUAGACAGUAUCAACACUCACACACAAGCUGAAAUACAGAGAUCACAUAAUACUGUGGAGAACAUGUUUAAAAAUGUUCCACUGAGGAAACAGAGCAGCGGUGAAAUCUACUUUCAAGAGAAAAAAUUCACCACACCAAAUGGUGAUGAGGAACCUUCAGGUAGCCAUCAUUUCUCAAAGUCUCAAAGUGUCGCUGAUUUGGAAGUCAUGAAUAUGGACGUAGGCAGAUAUCACACCAACAAUCACCCAAUCUUCUACUGUGGUCCAGAGGAUAGCUUCUCAGCAUCAUCUCAGCAUAAACCUGUGACUUCUGUCUUUACUGAAAUAGACCAAAAUAUUCAUUUAAAACAAGAUGAACCUGUGAAUAAACUGACAAGACAACCCUUAGCUGAUAUGCCUACAGAGAAGAUCAGUAAAGAGACAACUCCUCUUCUGUACCACCUCACUGGAGCCAGCAGGGCGGCUGUCAUGAAGAGCGUAAAAAAUGAGAAAAACUCUACUUUGGGAAGCAAGGAAUCGGACUGGGGUAAAGAUCAUCAGGAAGCAGGACAGGUGUCUGUUUCUUGUAGCAGUCACUCAUUGCACAGUGAAGUGGCUAAAGAGGCAAAGUCGAAUGAGUUUUAUUAUCUGUGCAACACCAUGGAUGAUUCCUUCAAAAAAUAUUAUAAAGAAAAGCUUAAGGAUGCACAAACCAAGGUUUUGAGAGAGACUUCAUUCAAAAGAAAAGAUCUCAGACUCUCUUGGCAAAAGGUCAUUGAGCACUGCUGUGAUAAGAGGGACUCCGUUGUACCUUCUGGGCCUCCUUCACGAGAAAACCCCAAUCCAGCUCAUCUGCACACAUUUCAGAACACAGAUGCCUUGAAUAACCCUCGCCCCGAGAUUAAAAAAGAGACGGUGAAGCAGCAAAAUAUCGCUCAGCCACAGGUGCCUCGAGUUGGCUGUAGGAAACGUCUGACCCUGGAACAGAAGAAGCUGUCCAACUCCGAGCCAGAAAAGCUGCACCGUCUGGGAGACGCACCGACACAUGUGACCUGUCGUUCUCUCGGCAGUGAGAGUGAAGGACUGCUCUCAGAAGAAUAUCUUGAUCAGCAUGGUCUAGUCGCGGACAGACGAGGGACGUUUGAGGUGAGAGGGCGUGCAAUGUCGGCUUGCAGCUUCUCCAAAAGCACUCUUAAGCACCUUCAGCAGAAGGCCUUGGCAGCAUAUAUGGAGCGUAAAACUGGCUCCAAGGUAGCGGAGCUGCAGCAGCCAGCUUCACACGUUCCCGCAGCAGGGAGGCAUUCUGACUGGGGUCCUAAACCUUAUUCAGGAUCCAAGGAGAAGCCGCUUAGGCCGCUCUCUGCUAGUCGCGUUCAGGAUUCAGGGUCCAUCAGAUACACCCAGUUCACCUCUGCGCAACACAGCGGCCACUCACGGCGGUCCAGCUGGAAAGAGCGACCAUCACGUUCAUCAGAGAAGUCUGCCUCUGUGGAGGAUCUCCUGGAGGAACGACAGCGACCUCGCUCGUACAGAAGCUGCAGCACUUCAACACCUCAUUCCUUUUACCAGAACCAGAAACACUUCGACUUCACUACACAUGACAAAGACGUCUCAAGAGCUGAGAUUAAAGUGGAAGGAGAAAGAAGAGUUUGUAAGGAGUAUGCGGUGUCGGUUCCGGAUCAGCGGAGGGUCCGAAUGGCGUCCAGAGGGAAAUCAAUGGAGGAGCUUGGAACGUCCGUGGUUUCCAGCCCUAAAGUUCUCAGCAAAAGCUCGGAUCAGCUGAAUCAGAUCCAGGCAACACACGUCCUGUCUGACAGGGAGAAGAGAAACAGCACUAAGCAACACUAUGCACGUCUGGCUGGUUCUGAGGAUAACGUUCAGCUCGGCCCUGAGCGCAGGAUCUUUAAUGAGCCAGGUUCAUUAGAACACACAUCUACAGUGGUCAACCCCUGGAUCAGAACAUCUGUAUCAGGUAGAGAAGGCAAAGUCACAGCUACACCCAGUUCUCCCAGAGGAACCAGUGAGAGCAAUCUGAUUGUCAGCAAAAUUAAGGCAGUUUCUCAAGAACCGUUCUUAAUGAGGGGUGAACUGUCACAUGGACAUGUGAGUGACGUCCACUCCGUUCAUGAAGUCUCUGCCAGCUUUGGGGUCACAUCCGACCCCAGUUUGUGUCUCUCAUCACCGGGGAUGAAUGACCUGAAAACACACGAGGGCACAAGUUCCCAGCAUACACUUACCCAUCAUCCUCAGAACACACAGCCUGCUUUAUAUGGCAAGACAGACUCUGUGUCAGGGUGUGAGCGGUUAGCAGCGGUUCCUGUCCCUGCGCUUGAUGGAGCUCAGGAAAGGAAGAAGAAAGCAGAAAGGAAGUGUCCUGUAGACCAGCCUCAGUGGGAGACUCUGGUUCAGGAAGUGGUCUCAGCAGACCAGUCGUUAGCUCGCAUUCUAUAUCCUAUUGCUAAUCGGAAAACCGCCGUCAUGCUAAUGGAGCAGAUGUUAUCUGAAGACAGUCUUCUGAUGGAAGAUCACUAUAAGAAAAAGCAGCAGCAGAAAGUUCCCACAUCUGAGCAGACUACGUACAGGCCGUCGUCUGCUGCUGCUGUUGAUGAUGAUGAUGAUGAUGAUGAUGAUGAUGAUAUAAACAACUUCCCAACACCAAAGGAAGGUGCGAUUCCUCUGUCUACUAGUGCAGGAGUGAAUGUCACAGAGAAGAAGAGGCAGCUGAUGGCUCAUAUCGAAGAGCAGCUGAAAUCUCUGGAGGGAUUGCGCUCGUCCCUGCAAGGCGAGGAGAAGGAAAUUGGAGUUCUGGGAAAUUCUCUGGAAGUUCUGGUGCGCGAGUGCUGUUCACCUGCCGAGCUGGAGCGCUACACGCAGUUCAUUGAAGACCUGGAGCGUGUCAUCAGCCUGCUGUUGUGUCUCUCGGCACGUCUGGCCCGCGUGCAGAACGCCCUGAGCACUGUGGACGAGAACAUGGACUCGGAGGAGAAGGAGUCUCUGGUCAGUAGACAUCACCUCCUGUGCAAGCAGAGGGAGGACGCCAAGGACCUGAAGGACAACCUGGACCGGCGUGAGCGCAUGGUCUCCACGUUCCUGGCCAAACAGCUGACGGAGGACCAGCUGCAGGAGUACCGGCGCUUCGUCCAGAACAAAGCCUCGCUCCUCAUCCGCCAGAAAGACCUGGACGAAAAGCAGCGGCUCGGGGAGGAGCAGCUCGACGCUCUUCUCAACAGCAUUCCUCCGUGAACGACAAUUUUCUCCUCCGUCUCCAAUAUCUUUCUAACAUUCUGUAACAUUUGGGGACGAUGCUGUGUGUGACUUGUGAAAUAGUUUAUCAUAUAAACCCUAUGAACUUUAUUUGCAGAUCAGUAAUCAACCUAGAGCAAUUCAUUCGUUUUCCAGACGCUCUCUCUCAGCCAGAGCACGAAAACGUCUGAGUCCGAGUGCGACGCUGCGGUGCUCAACUGCUGAAGCCAAAACAUGCGAAAAGGAGAAACUUUUAUAGAACUAGUGUGUGUGUGUGUGUGUGUGUGUGUGUGUGUGUGUGUGUGUGUGUGUGUGUGUGUGUGUGUUGUAUUAUUGUUUUACCUUUACAUGUGUACACUUGAGAUCUCGUGGUCGUUUGGAAGCUGAGGUGCUUUAAGGUUAAACUUAGCAGAGCUGGAAACAUUAAUGCCCUUUGAAUUAUUCUAUUUUCUGUUUAGUGUUUAAUUUAUUUUAGUCAUAAUGCACUCGAAAUGAAGACCAAAAAGAGGAAAAAAAGCACUUUGUUAUUGUAACUGUGUACAUUUCUAAUUUCAUAAGUAACACAAUACAUUUACUAAUGUAUAUUUAUUUUACUGAUAUUAAGUCCUAAUGAUUUUCACUGACGUUUAAAAGGCACGUUCAUCAUUUUAAUCCGGAUUUGUUUUAGUUUUUAGUUCAUCGUGUCUCUUUCCUUCAUACUCAAUUUUAGCAGAUCAGAUGUGCAAAUGUGUGUCAUUUAUAACCGACACAGUCUUAAAGAAGCGUGAAGUGAAAUGUUGUAAUAAGAGUGCUAUAAAGUCUAAUAAUCUAACAGUGAAGUCAGAGAGGAAACCAAUGCUAAUAACACAUUUUGAACAGAGGAAGAGUUCUGCAUUUUAUAGCACUCAGGUCAAACACAGCUUCCUUCCUGUUUUAACAUGAAACCAAACCAGCUGGCCGUGCGUAAACAUUCUGCUUGUAGCUCCUUUAAUGAUGGAUGGAUGAUACUUAUGAAUGGAAUAUAAGUAUGAUUAAGGUUUUAUAAAAGGAAUAAAUGUAAAAUCUGCUUCUCGGAGCAUGCUGAUGCCAAUUCAGGAUGUUUCAUCUGUUUUUUAAUGAACAACAAAACAAGAGCUCGUUCCAUACAACAGCGAACUGUAUAGUGGAGUCAGUACAUCCUGACUGCAUGUAACUCUGAGGGAGAGAGAGAGAGAGAGAGAGAGAAAACCUUGCUUUGUAAGAAAAUAAGUGUACAUAUAUAAAAAAUAGCUGUUGUUUUUUUUUGUUAUUUUUGUAAGCAGAAAGCUUUCCAGUAUACUGUAAAUGUAUAAAUGUAGUUUUGAGAACUGUAAGUGUCCUUUACGUUAGGAGUCACACUGCACUAUUGCUCUCUGCAAACUGAGAAAUCUUCUGAAAUGUUUCUACAAACUGAAAGAAAAGUGUGUAUUAUUAACACUGAGUGAUUUGUUCUUGAGUGCAUUGUGUUUACUUUGUGUUACUUUGCGUUACUUCCAUCCUGACACCGUUUUAAGAAAUUACAUUUUUCUCUCUUGA